GGGUAAAAAAACCUAUAAAUACUCCUACUCUUAAACAUUUUUUCAUAUCUCUUCUCCAAUUCUUCCUAAAUCCUAUUCUUAACUCUCUACUCUCUAAUUCUCUUAUUCUCCAAUAUAUUAUAUAUCUACUCUCUAUUUCUCUUCUCCAAGAAGCUAAGAUGGAAAAUCAAAAUGUCAUUAUACGGUAUAAUUUUGAUAAGCAGAAGGACCCGAAGACCGGGAUGUGGUACGCAAUUUGCAAAUGGUGCGAAAAAAUGUAUCAUGGGGGCUUCAGGCGGAUUCGGGAUGGCAAUCAAGCAUAUGAAGUCAUGUGACAAAGCCAAAGGAUCGGGAGGUGCGGGAAGUUCCGAUUGAUUACAAUUUUCAUAAUGUUUAUCUCUUAAAGUUUGUUUUAAUUUUCAAAUGUAGUUCCUAUUUCAUUUCAAAUAAAUGCAAUUGAAGUUUGUUUUUAAUACUCGUAUAAAACUAUAAACUAUAAAAUAUAAAUUAUAUAAAAAAAUAUUAACCGGCCUGAACCGGACCCGACCCGUGACCCGGGCGGGUGGCCCGGCCCGAACCGGACCCGUCCAACCCUCGGGCCGGUCCCGGGCCCACUUUUCUUGAACCAGCGGCCCGACCGGGCCUAGGCCCGGCCCGGGCCCGACCCGGCCCGAAUCCAUCCCUAGUUCCAUUGAACGAGUACGCCCAUGUAUCAAUUCUCAUAGUAUGAAUCAAACUUAAUCUGAUUGUAUGAAGCGAUUCGGUUUAAUUUGGGUUAUAAGUUGCUUAAUUUUUUUUUUGUGAAAUUUUAAUGCAUUUAGUGAAGUGACAAG